GCGGGCCGCCGCUCCGCAUUCGAACCUCCCUCGCAGGCGGCCUCCGCCCCACAAUGCACCGCGGCGGGCAGCCUUUGAAAAAGCGGCGCGGCUCGUUCAAGAUGGCGGAGCUCGACCAGUUGCCUGACGAGAGCUCUUCAGCAAAAGCCCUUGUCAGUUUAAAAGAGGGAAGCUUAUCUAACACAUGGAAUGAAAAGUACAGUUCUUUACAGAAAACUCCUGUUUGGAAAGGCAGGAAUACAGGCUCUGCUGUAGAAAUGCCUUUCAGAAAUUCAAAACGAAGUCGACUCUUCUCUGAUGAAGAUGACAGACAAAUAAAUACCAAGUCACCUAAAAGAAACCAAAGGGUUGCAAUGGUUCCACAGAAAUUUACAGCAACCAUGUCAACACCAGAUAAGAAAGUAUCACAGAAGAUUGGUUUUCGAUUACGUAACUUACUGAAGCUUCCCAAAGCACAUAAAUGGUGCAUAUACGAAUGGUUCUAUUCAAAUAUAGAUAAACCACUCUUUGAAGGUGAUAAUGACUUCUGUGUAUGUCUAAAGGAAUCGUUUCCUAAUUUGAAAACAAGAAAGUUGACAAGGGUAGAAUGGGGAAAAAUCAGACGGCUAAUGGGAAAACCACGGAGAUGUUCUUCUGCAUUUUUUGAGGAAGAGAGAUCAGCAUUGAAACAGAAGCGGCAAAAAAUAAGACUCUUACAACAACGGAAAGUUGCAGAUGUUUCACAAUUCAAAGACCUCCCAGAUGAAAUUCCUUUGCCUCUGGUUAUUGGAACCAAAGUUACAGCCCGGCUGCGCGGUGUUCAUGAUGGUCUUUUCACUGGACAGAUAGAUGCUGUGGACACACUUAAUGCUACUUACAGAGUAACUUUUGACAGGACAGGGCUAGGUACUCAUACCAUCCCUGACUAUGAAGUUCUUAGUAAUGAGCCUCAUGAGACGAUGCCAAUUGCUGCCUUUGGACAAAAACAACGGCCUUCUCGAUUUUUUAUGACCCCACCACGAUUACAUUAUACACCUCCUCUCCAGUCUCCAAUCACAGAUAAUGACCCUUUAUUAGGGCAGUCACCUUGGAGAAGUAAAAUUUCUGGCUCUGACACUGAAACAUUAGGAGGUUUUCCAGUAGAAUUCCUUAUUCAAGUGACGAGACUAUCAAAAAUUCUCAUGAUUAAAAAGGAACAUAUCAAGAAAUUAAGGGAAAUGAACACAGAAGCUGAAAAACUGAAAUCAUAUUCCAUGCCAAUAGGCAUUGAAUUUCAGCGGAGAUAUGCAACAAUUGUUUUAGAGCUUGAACAGCUGAACAAGGACCUAAACAAAGUUUUGCAUAAAGUUCAACAGUACUGCUAUGAGCUUGCCCCCGACCAAGGGCUCCAGCCAGCUGACCAGCCGACAGACAUGAGGCGCCGCUGUGAGGAAGAGGCCCAGGAGAUGGUUCGGCACGCCAACUCCUCCGCUGGACAGCCCUGUGUUGAAAGCCAACACCUCACAGGCUUAAUCUCCAGGCUCACUGCUAUUUUAUUACAAAUUAAGUGUCUAGCAGAGGGAGGAGACCUGAAUUCCUUUGAAUUCAAGUCACUUACAGACUCAUUAAAUGACAUCAAGAGUACAAUAGAUGCUUCUAAUAUCAGCUGCUUCCAGAAUAAUGUAGAGAUCCACGUGGCACACAUUCAGAGUGGCCUGAGCCAGAUGGGGAACUUGCACGCCUUUGCCGCCAACAAUACCAACAGAGACUGAGGCUGAGCAGCCGCUCCCAGCCCGCCGGCUUCGAGGCGCCUCCCCCAACUCACCUGCACACGCCCAGUGGCCUGACUGCUGGGGGAGAGGGGUGCAAGCCCCCACACGGGCUUUUAGUACCAACCUUCCUGCCGCAUAUUACCUGGCACGUGUUACCUUCCUUUAUUAGCACACGCAGUAGCAUUGCUUAUUACCUAUGUUUACUAGCAGGUGUUUUAAACUUCCAGUGUCUAAACAGAGCGUUUCAUGGAAGAAUGCGUUGACUUAUUUUUUUAAUGCAUGAAUUGAGUUGAGAAGGUGCCGGCAGCUACUGCCGUGAAGAGGAGGGAGCGCCAUGUGUGUGUGCAUGGCAGCGGCUGCGUGGCACGUCCGUGGGGAGCGUGUCCUCCUGGGCCGCAGCACCCCAGCCUCCAGAGGCCGCCCGGGGCCGUGGGGCGCGCGGGUGCCAGUGCACAGGCGGACCUCACAAGCGCGUGUCUCCACGUGCGUGCGAUGGGGUUCUGCAGACCCGUCUAUAGUCGUCACUAUUGUAAUUUAUCGUAAUUUAUGAAAGGAAAUGAAGGAGCAGGGGUGGAGCUGCGACGGGGAAGUGGUGCUAGCGUCAGCAGGUGGGUUGGACGCGCCUCUCCCAGCCAUUCAGGGCAAAAGUGCUUUGUUAGGAGAUUUAUUUAAAAAAAAAAAAAGACCUAACACACUAUUUUCAUAUUUUUUGUUUAUUUGCACAAUUUUUAAACCAGAUUGCUGGUUAAAAUCCAACAGUACAAGUUUGUAAGUAAAAAUAUUUUAUAAGGAAAACAAAGAUAACCAGUGUUGUAAAAUGCAGGAGAAAGGUUUGAUUUUAUUUUGUUGUUUUUUUUUCUUUUUUAAGAAAAACUCUCCUAAAAUGUUGAUCUUGUAAAAAGUAUAUAUUUUGAAUUUUCUUCAUUUUAAUAUAGAAUAUUAUAAAGCCAAAAUAUAAUAAAUUGUUUUCAGAUUUGGAGUUUAAGAUAGGUGAAUGGGUGGUUCUGAUUCUUUUAGAGGUCUCAUAAAAUGAGGCUUUUUAUAUGUUAAUGUAUAAUAAAACAAGAUUAUUUUCCAGUGGAGGCUUUUGUAUAGUUUAAAAGUGCUUCUGUGUGCUUUGUUGGUCUUGUGCCGCCGCAAAACUUUAGUGCAGAGUUUAUAUUUAGCUAAACUGUUAAGAAAUGCAAAAUCUUUUAAUAUUUGUAAUUCCAAAUAAAUUCAUCUAUAAAAAU